AUGGCUUCCCGCGGCACUCUCCUGCCGCUCUUCCUCUUCCUCCUUGUGGCACCUGUGCUCGCGACCUCCGGCACUAUCGUCUUCACCACGCUCGGCCGGAGCCGCUACGCCUUCGACAUCUUCGUGCUCCCGCUCGCCCCACUCUCCCCCUCCACCGUCGCCGCAGAGAUCCGCCUCACGGACGGCGCCUCCGUCAACUACAACAGCAACUUCGCGCCCUCCUCCUCCUCGGAGUUGCCCUCCCUCCUCUUCGCAAAAACAGACCGACGCGGCAGCAGAGACUUCUGGGUGCUGGUGGCCGAAUGGAUAAGAUCGAGUUUAACUGGAGGGAAUAAGCUAAACCCUUUAGCCGGAGAUUUAAAACUUUGCCUCUUCGUCUCCGAGCGCAACGGCUCGGAGGUGCUGGAGGAGGCGGACUACUCGCCGACGCUCACGCAGCUGCUCCCGUGGGACCCCAUCGCGCUCAAGGACCGGCCCUCGCUGACCCCCGACGGUGCCCACCUGGUGAUCGCCUUCGUUGGGCUGCCGGGGCUGUUCGUGGUCAACUCCGGCGGCUCUGGCGGCCGCCGGCGGGUCUUCUCGGGCAACGCGUUCCCCACGACAUGGGACUGGAAGAGGAAAGGGGUCAUCUACACCAGCGUCGGGCCGAACUUCGCGAGCGAGAGCACCGAGGUGGACGUUGUCGCCGUGUCCCUUGGCGAAGACGACGACCCCAAUGUCUCGAUCAAGAAGCUCACCGUGGGAGGCGAGAACAACGUGUUCCCGUCCCCCUCGCCGGACGGCAAGUGGGUGGUGUUCCGGUCCGGGAGGUCCGGGCACAAGAACCUCUACAUCAUGGACGCGGAGGACGGCGAGGCCGGUGGCAUCCGGCGCCUCACAGAGGGGCCCUGGUCCGACACCAUGUGCAAUUGGUCCCCUGACGGCGAGUGGAUCGCGUUCGCCUCCGACCGGGACAACCCGGGCGGCGGCAGCUUCGCCAUCUACAUGGUGCACCCGAACGGCACCGGCCUGCGGAGGGUGGUGCACAGCGCCGACGGCGGCCGGACCAACCACCCCUGGUUCAGCCCGGACUCCAAGACGCUGCCCAUCUCCAACCCGCACCACUACCAGCCCUACGGCGAGAUCUUCACCGUCAACAUCGACGGGUCGGGCAUCCGCCGGCUUACGCACAACUCCUUCGAGGACGGAACGCCGUCGUGGACGCCGUACUACCUGAAGCCGGAGGACGUCGGCGAGACGCCGCAGGCCUCCGGGACGUGCGCGUUCGAGGAUUGCCACUGGCUCAACAUCGAUGCCCAGCCAGAUAGCAUCAUGUGUGGCGAGCACGGUUAA